UUUAACUUUUGCCAAAGGAAAACUUCGUUUAUGUCACAUGCAACACUGUUCUCUUUUUUUUUCCCCCUAAAAGAAAAAAGAAAACAGUCAAACAUUCAUCAAUACCCAUGGCCCAUGGAGGACGUAAUUGCAAAUUCAGAAAAUUCAGAGGAGAUUCGCCUAAUUAUACAUUAGCUUAGUGGAGGGAACUCUAAAAAAGACAUAUUGAUCUUUGUCGGUUUGGCUUUGGAGCUUGAGCAGCAGGGUUUCACUUCACACUUCCAUUGCCUUCAGACAUGGGAACAGAAGGAGAGCAACUCUGCGAAGCAGCGAGAAACGGCGACGUCGCCAGAGUGAAAACUAUGGUAGAAUCGGGAGCCGACGUAUCCUUCUUCGACAUCGAUGGACUCACGCCGCUCAUGCACGCCUCCAAGUUCGGCCAUACCCAUGUGGUCAAAGCUCUCCUCGAGGCUGGCGCGCCCUGGAACGCUCUUUCUUCAUCUAACCAGUCCGCUGGCGACUUCGCCAUGGACUCUGGUCACCAGGAAGCAUUUGAAGUCCUUCUCAAUGCUGGAAUACAGGCUGAAUUGAUUUUGGGAACAAUCGCGAGGAAAUCAAAAAAGGAUGGGGAUUCUGAAGGGGAUUACUUGGAAGAUAGGGUUACUUUUAGUGAGGAUAAGUUAAUGGACUCUGAUAGCAAGGCUGUUAUGAUGGCUUGGGAGAAACCAUUGAUGGAAGCUCAUGCAAAAGCUGUUUGCUCUGGAGGUGGUAAUAUACUGAAUGUUGGUUUUGGAAUGGGUCUUGUGGAUACAGCUAUUCAACAGUAUGGUCCAGCUACGCACACAAUUGUUGAGGCUCAUCCAGAGGUCUAUGAACGCAUGCUUCGAACUGGUUGGGGCAAGAAGGAUAACGUGAAAAUAAUAUUUGGGCGUUGGCAAGAUGUUCUUUCGCAGCUUGAAUCUUAUGAUGGUAUUUUCUUUGACACCUAUGGAGAAUAUUAUGAAGACCUGAGAGACUUUCAUCAGCAUCUUCCUAAGUUAUUGAAGCCUGGAGGAAUCUACUCGUUUUUUAAUGGGCUUUGUGGAGGUAAUGCAUUCUUCCAUGUUGUUUACUGCCAUUUAAUUUCACUAGAACUGGAGAAUUUGGGGUACUCGACACAAUUAGUCCCCUUGCCUGUCAAGGAUUGCUUGGGAGAAGAAGUUUGGCAAGGUGUUAGUCAGAAAUAUUGGCAACUUGAUACUUAUUAUCUCCCUGUUUGUCAGUCUAUACAGGACUCUGAAUGAUGAUUUCAUAUUUCUGAUAUGAGAAUUGUUUUUCUCCCUUAAAUUUGGAUUUUUGAUCUCAAAAACACUUCAAUAUCAUCUUCCAUCAUUUCCUGACUUCAGAUGGUUAGGAUUAUGUAAGAUGACAGACUAUAGAUGACGUUGCAGUAUGCUUUUGUUGCUGGAUUGGCUGUGUGCAGAGAACAUCUUCCAGAGAAUUGGUUAUUGGAAAAGAACUAGUCCAUCAUGUAUGUGCUGGAUCUAUCACCAAUUCCUUUGUCUGGUUAAGCUUUGUGGCUGAAAUAUAUGACAAAUUAGUUAGAA